GAACCGAGUCACCGGGCAAGUCAGCGGGCACCGAGUCAUCUAGCAGAACCGCGGGCCGCCGGUCACCAAGGCUUGACACAGCGGGCACCGAGUCAUCUGGCACGACCGCGGGUACCGAGUCACCGUGGCAAGUCAGCGGGCACCGAGUCAUCGAGCACAUCAGCGGGCACCGAGCCAUCUAGCAGAACCGCGGGCACCGGGUCACCAAGCUCGACAGCGGGCACCAAUGUCACCGGGCAAGUCAGUGGGCACGGAGUCAUCAGGCACCGAGUCAUCUGGCACGACCGCGGGCACCGAGUCACCGGACAAGUCAUGCAGCGGGCACCGAGCCAUCUAGCAGAACCGCGGGCGCCGGGUCACCAAGCUGACAGCGGGCACCGAGUCACUGGCACGACCGCGGGCACCGAGUCCAUCUGGCACGACCGCGGGCACCGAGUAUCACCGGACAAGUCAGCGGGCACCGAGCCAUCUAGCAGAACCGCGGCACCGGGUCACCAAGCUCAACAGCGGGCACCGAGUCACCUGGCACGACAGCGGGCACCGAGUCAUCUAGCAGAACUGCGGGCACCGGGUCACCAAGCUCGACAGCGGGGCACCGAGUCAUCUGGCUGGAUCCGGUCAUCAGGCCGGAUCAGGUCAUCGGGCAUCAGGUCAUCAGGCUGACAACGGAAGGC